AUGCAGCAGCCUGAUUCCUACCCUACCUGGCAUAGGCGUUCAGAGCAGCAUGGUGACAAAAAGAAAAUCACAGCACCCCUUAUCUAUGCUGUUUCCAUUGCUGCCAUUGGAUCUCUUCAGUUUGGGUACAACACUGGUGUCAUCAAUGCUCCUGAGAAGAUCAUCCAGAGGUUCUUCAACAGAACCCUGUCAGAACGGACUGGGGAGGCUGUCUCCUCAGAGCUCCUCACCUCUCUCUGGUCCCUUUCUGUGGCCAUCUUCUCAGUAGGAGGGAUGAUUGGCUCCUUCUCAGUCAGCUUGUUUGUUAACAGAUUUGGCAGGAGGAACUCCAUGCUACUGGUGAACAUCUUGGCCUUUGCUGGUGGCACUCUCAUGGGCUUCUCUAAGAUGGCAAAGUCAGUGGAGAUGCUGAUUAUUGGCCGCUUCAUUAUUGGUCUUUUCUGCGGUCUCUGCACUGGUUUUGUGCCCAUGUACAUCAGUGAGGUCUCGCCCACCAGCGUCCGUGGAGCCUUUGGCACCCUCAACCAGCUGGGCAUUGUUGUGGGCAUCCUGGUGGCCCAGAUCUUUGGCCUGGAGGGAAUCAUGGGGACUGAAACACUUUGGCCGCUGCUUUUGGGCUUCACAGUCCUCCCAGCAAUCCUGCAGUGCGUGGCUCUUCUUUUCUGCCCCGAGAGCCCCCGUUUCCUAUUGAUCAACAAGAUGGAGGAAGAGAAAGCACAAGCAGUUCUCCAGAAACUUCGUGGUACACAAGAUGUGUCUCAAGACAUCCUGGAGAUGAAAGAGGAGAGUGCUAAAAUGUCCCAGGAAAAGAAAGCAACUGUGCCAGAGCUCUUCCGUUCCCCAAACUACCGUCAAGCCAUUAUCAUUGCCAUCAUGCUGCAGCUUUCCCAACAGCUCUCAGGCAUCAAUGCUGUAUUCUAUUAUUCUACAGGGAUUUUUGAAAGAGCUGGUAUCACACAGCCUGUGUAUGCCACUAUUGGAGCUGGCGUGGUAAAUACCAUCUUCACUGUUGUGUCGCUGUUCCUGGUAGAGCGUGCCGGACGCAGGACCCUCCAUUUAGUUGGUUUGGGUGGCAUGGCUGUGUGUGCUGUUCUUAUGACAGUUGCUUUAGCUCUGAAGGAUGUUGUGGAGUGGAUCAGAUACAUCAGCAUUGUUGCCACUUUUGGCUUUGUGGCGCUUUUUGAGAUUGGCCCUGGCCCUAUUCCAUGGUUCAUUGUGGCAGAACUCUUCAGCCAGGGCCCACGGCCGGCAGCCAUGGCAGUGGCUGGCUGUUCCAAUUGGACCUCAAAUUUCUUGGUUGGAAUGCUCUUCCCAUAUGCAGAGAAACUGUGUGGCUCCUAUGUCUUUCUCAUAUUCCUUGUUUUCCUGGUCAUCUUCUUUGUCUUCACGUUCUUCAAAGUACCAGAGACCAAAGGCAGGACUUUUGAAGACAUCUCCAGGGGCUUUGAAGGACGAGCAGAAGCCAGCCCCACAUCACCUGUAGAGAAGAACCCCAUGGUGGAGCUGAACAGCAUACAACCUGACAAAGAAGUUGUCUAACAUUCAUGACACACCCCUUCUUCGACUCUUACCUGAUUAAAGAGUCAUUAAAGGAAUGAGCAAAGAAAACCAUGAGAACUGGGACAUUUUUUCCUCCCCCCUCAAUUGCUGCUAUUUUCUUCUUUGCACCCACAUACUCAACCAUUCUGCCAGGCUUACCAGCAUUAAGCAAAUCUGAUAUGGGUGAUCCCAUUUUCAAGUACUGGAAGGCACCUGGCAUUUGCAAAAAUAGUCUCAUCUUCCCUGUCACAAACAUCAGGAGAACAGAGAAGAGCUGGCAAUAUUUUUUGCUUUUCUCACCUGUAAUUGCUAUUUGGGGUUAACAUACUUAUGCACGCAGUGACCAUUACACAUUUGAAUCUAAUUUACUAUUUUUGUAGUGAGUUGAAGUGACCCACUAAACAAGUCCCUGGCCCUUUGAGUCGAGUCUGUGUGUGUGUGUGUGCAGUGUUACACUGGAAUUUAACGAGCCUACCAAAAAGCCAUCUCCUUGCUUUUUCCCAUCCAGUGUACACUUUUUUUCAGCCUCAGGAAAAAGGGGACCAAGUUACAUGCAUAUUUUUUCCUGCUCUUUUAUUUUUUUGUAUAGACAGACUGAAAGCAUAAUUUUACUUGAGUUUAUUUAUUUGUAUGUCACUUUGUAAAUAUUUAUUUUUUUAAUGGUGUACAAAAAUGUACAGAUAAUGAAAUUGAAGUUGUUUAAGAGAAAUAGCUAUUCUAACAAAAGAUGCUGUAGACUUGAGGUGCAAUAAGACUGUAAAGGAGAAAUGUGGUAUUAAGCAGGAGAUUGGGCAUUUUGGAUGGUAUGUACAACAGAGCCAAUUAUGCACAUCACCUUUAAGUUAUUUGUGCCCUCUGGAAAGAAAUUCAAAGAAUUGUGUACUAGUGAGAAGUAUGUUUGUUUGUCCACCAAAAUCUCUGUUAUUUGGGGAUUUUUUGGGUGGCAAUUUUAAGUAUUGUUCCCAAGUGUUGAUUGGAAGGUGGUAUUGCAGCAAAUGGGUGUUUGUUGGCUUGUAUUUUCAGUCAUGGUUAAGUAUUGUAUGGGAUGAUUGAGUGUGGUGAUUGCAAACCAGAAGGUAACUUCUCCUGCCUUCUCUUCCUUUUACUUUUUGGCUUCUCUGAGGUCAGAAAGUCUAAAAUUUGCAGUUGUUACUUAAGGGUGUGCAAGGAUAAAAAUUAUUUUCCAAAGCUGUAUUUUCUUAGAAACUGUUCUUAUAAAUAUUAAACAGAGGCAUGUAGCAUGACCCUUCUGGACACAGGCAUGGUUGGUUAUGGCAUUGUAAGUUGAUAAAGGUAGAGAUGCAGGAGUAGAGACCAGAGCUACUGGAGCUUGCUGGCUUAGCAGUGUGAAAGGCCUGUAGUGCUCAGUCCACUGGUUGGUUGGAGGCCAGAUGUCCUUGCCCGCCCUGUGUGUCCUCUCUGAAAGAUCUGCAUGAUGUUGUGAUGCUCACCAGUGUGCAGCAUGCUGUGUAGAUAUGUACAGCUCUGUAAUAGUGCCUCCGUUAAAGAUAUGGCAGAUAGCAAUUGUACAUCAGUAAAUAUUGGUCUCCCCGCUUGUCAAUCAAGAGUAUGUAUGCGCCUACCCUUGCUGCCAAGCUAGCACAGUUCAGUUCAGGAAAGCAAAAAAGUAGCACAUACGGUAUCCUUGCAAUUAAGGGGUGGGGGCUUUGCUUCGCUGACCCUGUUGAGAGACUCCAGGCCUGUGUUUGUCCAGAUCUGCACAAGCUGUCUAAAGGUAGCAUAGAGGUAGGUCCAGUCUAAAAUCUUGUCUUUAAGAUCUUCAGUGUUUUUGGACUUAAUCAAACGUGGGUCUACCUGUAAACUCAUGCUGGAGCUCAUCACUGGAGAGCCUAGAGGAGAGGCAGGCCCUCGGAUUCCAAGGUGGGUAAAAAGAAGAAAAGCUUGGAAAGGUUGGAAUGACAGCAAAUUUGUCAGUGUGGAUAGCUCAGGCUUUCUUGACAACAUACUGCUUUAGAGCAGGUCAGAAGUUCUCAGAGAGGUAUAUUCUGGGGGCAUGUAUCUGGUACUUAGAGUAACUAGAGUGAUGACAUUUCUACCUUCCCUAAUGAGAAACAGUUGCAAAGGUUAGUAAAAUCUGCUGCUGUGAAAUACUUCCUGUGACUUCACUUGAAAUACUCCAGCUUUGCACAAUGUAGUCCUACAUCCAGUUUUCCCUAGCUUUGUAUCAGGCUUCCAUGCCAAAUAAUGUAUUUUCAGAAAUACUAUAUGAUUUAUUUUCCAACUUUAAUAUUUUGGCUCAGUUACAGAUUUCUGUGCCUGCCCCUUGGCCCUCUGGCACUUGCAGAUGUAAUAUUUCUCUAUGGGCACCUAUAUGUUAGGAAAUUCCCCCUACAGCUGUGCAUAAAGAGCAUUCCAUACUUUGCAUCAGAGAUGUCUGUUGGCCUGGACCGAAAUGUGUAGGUCUUUCUCACAUGGUAUCUCUUUGUUAUUUUCUUUUUCUGUAACAGCAUUGUGAAUAUUUCGGAUGGGUUUUAUAUGCUUAUUAAUGUGGUUGUUUCCCGUUUUUAAAAUAAAAACUAUAGAACCAAGUA